AAAAGCCUACAUGGUGCCUAUAAAAUAGGUAAGUUCUGGGAUAAAAUCCCACACUGUGAAACCAGGGGACUAUGCAGCCUUUGCAACUCACCAGAAUCCAUGGAGCACAUUCUCCUCAACUAUGACAAGUCCCCAGCAUCAGGUAUAACCUGGAAGGCAGCCAGUGAUCUAUGGUGCAAACACAAGUCAAGUUGGCCCAAAAUACAGUUCAGUACAAUCCUGGGAUGCAAUCUAGGAAUGCUCCAUGAUGUAGAAGGGAAAGAGAAACUGGGAGUGUCCAGACUGUUCAAAAUCUUAAUUUUGGAAUCUGCACACCUUUGGAAGCUUAGAUGUGAAAGAGUGAUUAAAAUCAGCAGAGUUAAGGAAAAAUUUCAUUCUGAGACCAAAAUCCUCAAUAGAUGA